UUCACUGAGGAGAAAGAGACACUGAAGGCAUCAUCGAUGGCCCGCUCACAGGGGCAGCUGACACAUAGGUUUACAGAGCGGCGCUGUGAGAUUGACUGACCCCUCAACACUUCUCUACUGGGGUGUUACAAUAACACAGCCAUGCCUCCCCCAGCUGACAUUGUGAAGGUGGCGAUUGAAUGGCCAGGUGCUAAUGCUCAGCUAAUAGAAAUGGACCAGAAAAGACCUUUGUCCUCUAUAAUAAGAGAAGUAUGUGAUGGCUGGUCUCUGUCAGGCUCAGAGCAGUUUGCUCUGCGUUAUGCUGACGGCCCUCAGCUUUAUAUCACCGAACAGAGCCGCGGUGAAAUAAAGAAUGGGACCAUCCUUCGAUUGGCCAUUUCACCUGGGCGUGCUGCUCGUCAGCUCUUGGAGAGGAUCCAGUCUCACGGCAUCGAUGCUCGCCUCGAGGCUCUGAAAGAGCUCGCCAAGCUUUCUGCAGAUCCAACUUUUGCUACAGAGUUCAUCAACAUGGAAGGCAUUGGGACACUGGCACGGCUUGUCGAAAGUGGCACCCACUUCGGUGAAAUGCUGGCCUUCACUCUCACAGCUUUUCUGGAGCUAAUGGAUCACGGCAUUGUGUCCUGGGACCUUAUCUCACUUUCUUUCAUCAAACAGAUCGCAGGUUAUGUGAACCAGCCAAUGGUGGAUGUGUCCAUCCUGCAGCGGUCUCUGGCCAUCCUGGAGAGCAUGGUCCUGAACAGCCACAGCCUCUACCAUCGAGUGGCCCAGGAAAUCACCGUGGGACAGCUCAUCGGGCACCUGUCAAACCAGGAGAUCCAGACUUACGCCAUCGCCCUCAUCAAUGCCCUUUUCCUGAAGGCACCAGAAGACCGAAGACAGGAGGAGUAUACUAACCCGCUGGAGCAGCAUCUCACUGAAAUGGCAAGCACUUUGGCCCAGAAGCACUUACGAUCCAUCAUCCUCAAUCACGUCAUACGAGGAAAUCGACCAAUUAAAGCUGAGAUGGCGCAUCAGCUGUACGUGCUGCAGGUGUUGACCUUCAACCUUUUAGAAGAACGGAUGAUGACCAAAAUGGAUCCUAAUGACCAGGCGCAGAGAGAUAUCAUUUUUGAGCUGCGUAGAAUCGCCUUUGAUGGAGAAAAUGACCCCACUGGUACAGAGAAGAGAAAGGCAAUGUACACCAAGGACUACAAGAUGCUGGGCUUCACUAACCACGUCAACCCGGCCAUGGAUUUCACCCAGACACCUCCAGGUAUGCUGGCUCUGGACAACAUGCUGUAUCUGGCCAAAGUUCACCAGGACACAUACAUCAGGAUUGUACUGGAGAACAGUAGCCGAGAGGACAAGCAUGAAUGUCCCUUUGGCCGGUGUGCCAUUGAACUCACCAGAAUGUUGUGUGAGAUACUUCAGGUUGGGGAGCUACCUAACGAGGGAUGCAACGACUACCACCCCAUGUUCUUUACUCAUGAUCGGGCAUGGGAGGAGUUCUUCUGUGUCUGCAUUCAGCUGCUUAACAAAACUUGGAAGGAGAUGAGGGCUACAGCUGAAGACUUUAACAAGGUGAUGCAGGUGGUGCGUGAGCAGAUCACCAGGGCUCUGGCGAUGAAGCCGGCGUCUUUGGACCAGCUGAAAAACAAACUGAGAGGCCUCAGCUACUCAGAGGUCCUCCGUCUGCGGCAGUCGGAGAGAAUGAGUCAGGAUGACUUCCAGUCGCCACCAAUCAUUGAGCUGCGGGAGAGAAUUCAGCCCGAGAUCCUGGAGCUCAUCAAGCAGCAGCGACUCAACCGGCUGUGUGAGGGAAGUUGCUUUCGUAAGCUAGGGAACCGCAGAAGGCAAGAGAAGUUCUGGUUCUGCAGACUCUCUCUGAAUCACAAAGUGCUGCACUACGGGGACCUGGAUGAGUCUCCUCAGGGUGAAGUGCCUUUUGAACUCCUUAGUGACAAGAUCCCAGUGUCAGACAUCAAGUCGGUGGUAACUGGGAAGGACUGUCCUCAUAUGAAGGAAAAAAGUGCUCUCAAGCAAAACAAGGAGGUGCUGGAGUUGGCCUUCUCUGUCCUCUAUGAUCCUGAUGAGACGCUCAAUUUUGUUGCACCCAACAAGUACGAGUACUGCAUCUGGACUGACGGCCUGUGCGCGCUGCUGGGCAGAGAGAUGGGCAGCGACCUCACCCGCAGUGACCUAGAUACUCUCAUCAGCAUGGAGAUGAAGCUCCGCCUCCUCGACCUUGAGAACAUCACAAUCCCCGAAGCCCCUCCCCCCGUUCCGAAAGAGCCUAGCUCGUAUAACUUCACCUACAACUACAGCUGAGAUGUAUGUAUGUGCGUGUGUGUGUUUCUGUGAGAGAGAGAGAGAGUUUGCACUGCAUGUGUUCGUCAAGGACGAGUCAACUCGAUCUCUUUGAUGAAUUUAGCUGUUACUGUGUGUACCAGAAAGAGCUGCUUUGAAUUGUACUCCUACUUCUCUACAUCACCAUGUUCUUGGUACUACACGGUUCAUCAAUUAUCAGACACGUGUUACAGAGGGUGGGCACAAGCCAGGUACUAACUUCAUUUUUAUUCUGCAUCCUUUACUUUUCUAGUGUUAAAGACAGAAACAACAUAACGUGGUGGUGAACAUACUGCAAAGUCUUCAGAUUAGACAUUGUAUACCUUAGGGAUGCACAAUAUUGGAGUUUUUGCCAAUAUAUCGGGAGUGCUUGGGAAGAUAGCCAAUAUCAAUUUAUAUGUCUUUCCUUUUGCCCAACUGCAGAGGUCAUUUAGUGUCUUCUGUAGUGAAUCAAACGUAAUACUUUUCAUCCAUAUGUCGCAGCAGAUGUGGAUAUAAAAUAUCUAUCCCUAACCCAAUAUCAGUAGUACAAAAGUCAAGGAGGUAGCAGCUUUUUCAGCCCACUAUUUUAGUCGUAUCAUCGGAUCUUUGCCGAUAUCCAAUAACACAUUUUAAAGCUGCCGAUAUUGAUAUUGUGCCAAUAAUAUUGUGCAUCCCUAGUUUACCUAUAUACAGU